AUGAUGCGCGGACUCCGAAGUGUGGCAGUGGUUUGCGUGUUGCUGGGCUUGUGGAAUGCCUUCACCCCACCCUUGAAGAGCGGGUGGUCGACGGCCCGUGAUCAGAGUUUGGUGGCUCGGAAGGCGGACUCCUCUGGUCUCACGCCCUUUGGACCGGUGGUGACCUAUGCCAAAGCACUCAUGGAGGGAGGCAAAAGCAAGGGUGAGGAAGUGGCGGUGACAAAGGAUGUGCUGUACAUCAAACUAAUGUACGACUCGGAUGAGUUUAAGGAGAAUCUGGUCGCGGUGCUGAACAAUCCCAAGCUCAAGGAGUUGGAGAAGGCCGAGACCAUGGUCAAGCUGAUGCCCGGCCUGAAGUCCUCGGUGAUGCCCAAGUUUAUCACCUUCUUGGCCAAGAAGAACCGCUUGGGGGGCGUCAAGAGAAUCAUGCUUGAAUUCGUCCAGGCCAUGUACUUCAACAACGCGAUCACCCCGGUGAAGGUGACUUCGGCCCAACGCCUGUCAGACGAGCAGAAGGAUAAGAUCAAGGAGAAGAUGAGCAGCAAGGUGGGCACUGACAUCAAACUCUUGGAGGAUGUGGAUCCUGGUCUCUUGGGUGGCUUCAAGUUGGAGUGGGGCUACCAAGAUCCCGACCGCCUCAUUGCUCCUUCGCAGGGCGUGGACUUGUCCUUGAAGUUCAUUCUCAACAAGCGGGCUCUUCAGAAGGGCGUGGUGGAUGCCCUCUAA